UUUUUGUUUUUUUUUUUCACCCACAGCACACCCCCUCACCACCUUCCUCCUCCUCCUUCACCACCACCACCUCCUCCUCCUCCUCCUCCUCCACCUCCUCCUCUCUCGUAUUCCGCCAGCAGGACGUCCGGUGCUGCGCGAGUCAUAGCCCGUGCUGCGGGGAACGGACGGACGGCGCACGAGGGGAUUUCUUGCACCCGCUUCGCUCCCAGGUCACGAGAUGAGCGCGCGCGGAGAGGAAGGCGGCGGCAGCGAAGAGGCUUCUGGCUCUCAGGAGCAGCCCGGCCCUGCAGAGCCUCCCAAGAGGGGACCCGGCAGACCGAGGAAGCCGCAGCAGGAACCCACGGGCGAGCCUGUCCCCAAACGACCGAGGGGCCGCCCCAAAGGAAGCAAGAACAAGGGCCCCUCCAAAGCAGCGCAGAAGAAAGCUGAGACCACAGGGGAGAAGAGACCCAGAGGAAGACCAAGGAAAUGGCCACAGCAAGUGGUCCAACAAAAGCCUGCUCAGGAAGAGGAGGAGGCGGGGUCGCCAGAGGAGGACUAAACAACCACAGCAUUUUACCUCUACCUCAUCCAGCUGUCAGCUCUUUCCAAGGGAAAAGACUGCCUUGACCACUUAUUGUUGACUUUCCACUCUCGUUUAAGUCGAUCAUUUUCAUUCGUUUAUUUUGUUGUUUGUUGUUUUUGUUUGUUUUUUGUUGUUGUUUUCUUCUCAUUUGUUUGUUUGGUUUGGCUUUGUUUUUGUGAUCAGCACACACAACACCUCAGAGCACGAACCCGGGAGGAAUAACAAACAAACAAACCCGCAAAACAUUGCGCAGAUGACGAUUGGAGCCACGUUGCUUUUGCCCACCUCCGCGUUCCAAACUGCUGUAGCACAGAGGUGGAGGGGUUGGCUGCAUAGGAUGUGCCGCUGUCACUCUUGACACACACACACACACACGGUCGCUGUCUGACUGAUAUUCCAGGCUACAUUGGAGAAGGAAAAAGUAAAACUGUCUGGUUUUGUCAUUCAAAAAGUCAGACCAUGCAGCCGUUUCUAUAUUUGUGAUGGAGCCUCAAACAGACACAUCUGCUCCAUCGCAAGUGCACACAUGCAUGCAGAAACCCCCUCACUUCAGUGUCGCACCACCAAAGACAGGAGAAAUGGACCAUUCUGCUUUUUUUGCUCUCAGGUCUUUCCCCUAUAGCAGGAGGCGGGAACCUGUGAUAUCAGAAUCAUGUGGUUGUAACUUGAGUUCAGCUGAUUAAGUUAAUUGGCUAGAAUAUCAUUGACUUGUCAGAGUUAGCUAUGAAAAGAUAUAAUAAUAGUUUAAACAGUCAUAUUCCUUUGCUAGAAAACUUCAAGCUGGGUGUUUAGCAGGUGCUGGGUGCUUAAAGUCUGAGCAGUUCAGGACAGUCACUUAUUGACGUGGUGCUACACUACAAGUGCUAACAGACAAUGUACCGCAGUACUAAAACUGGGUGAUCUAAAGAAGUCCUAUACAAUUAAAAGAAUAACAAGCCAGUGAAAAGCAUAUGAUGGCUAGGCCUAUAUUUUGUAAAUAAAUACCUAAACAAGCUGCUGUUUGGAAAACUAAGUUGGAAUAGAUGCCCAGAUACACCUAAUAUGUGGUUUGGUGCAUCACUUUCAAAAAAUUCCUCAAAGGGUUUCUUUUUUGUGCUUUUUCUGGUUAACAAGGUUCCUGGCCCCUGCUCUAUACACACUAAAACACCUAUGAGCGAUUGCAUUUUCAUUUCAGACAAUUUCUAGUAAUAUCUCCCAUUUAUUGACCCAAAUUAAAAGGUCAAAUAAAAAUAGAUCAUUCAAGAUAGUACAAGGUUACAUAUCUAUGAAUUUAAGUUAAAUAGUGGUUGCAUUUAAUGCAGAUAAAUAAGCACUUUCACCAUGUUUUAUUAUUAUUAAUAAUAAUAAUUAGUAGUAAUGGAAUAGUGUUUCUACGUCUGAUAAGCUUUUAGGCCGUCAGAUCAAACUAUGGAGUUUUCAAUAAGCUAAGUAGCAAACAGUGAUUAGGCUGUCACUCUGCCCCCCUAUAAAGUUCAAUGGUAUUUUGUGCUUAUAUCGAGGGUUUAGUCCAGAAAAAAUGCUACAUUGAUAUUGUUUGUUAGAAUGUACUAAUUUCAUAAUUUGUUUCAGCUACAUAUGAUAAUAAAUUCAGAAAGAGUUUGUUAGCUAGCCAGCCUUGCUAAUUAGCUAGCUUAGCCACUUACCUUUGACAUGUGUGUGAUUUUUGACAAGUUUAAUGCAUUCCUCACUGUUUAUUCUGCAAAAUACACCUCUCCUGUUAAAAAAACAGAUAAAACAGAGUAUCCAAAACCCCACACAUGACGUUGCACCAUACAAUAAAGUUCAGAAAGCUCGUCGUACAAUUGCUAAGCUACAAAUGGACAAUCGUUAUUUAGGGGCAGUGUUUAGCGAAGGGCCAUUUGCAGGGGAUGAACUCUGAGAGCCAUUUCUGGUAUUGAAUCUUUGGUCCCCUUCUGUCUUUGGUGGUGAGUUUCAAAAACAGACACUAUGUUCUCCUGUAAAUUGUUAGAUGCUCUGCGAGACACGUUUCUCCAACAGUACUAAAGAACAAUUUAUGCAGCAAUCUACUGUACAUACUUUCAUAACCCUGGCAUCUUCUUAACCAUCUUACGUGUACAUAAUUGUUUUAUCGAGUUUCUUUCUGUUUUUGUUUUGUUUGUUUUGAUUUUUUUUUCUGUUAAGGCAUAGCUUUAAAGACAAACUUAAUUUCUGACAAUUUCGAUUAAAGGGAAGUAUAUCAGCUCAUUCUGACUCCAGAACUGAACCUCAAGAAAACGAAAAAACCACAGGAACAAAACCAUACUAUACCUCAAGACACACGAGAUACCUGAACCGCAGUGACAGCAUGACCUUGGAAGACUGCGCGUGCGCACUGUCGCCGAUGCAAUAUCUCCUCACCGUUUUCAAAGCUACCUCCGAUUUCUUCACCCAGCAAACCAGCUCGUGAGACACACGCUGCUAUAAACUACUCAUUACAAAGCAGGGGGAUGGCAGUGAGUGCCAAUGUCGUAACAAAAAAUAAACAAGAACCUUGUCUGAACGUUUGUAACCAAUGUUUGCGUGAUGGAACAGCGAAAAAAAAGCUCUGCGAACGAUCUGUGAGAGUCGGGCAGGUGACGACUGAAAUCCGAGGUGUGUUUGUAUUCUGUGUUGAACUCAUCAAGCAGCUAAGGGAAUAAGUACUGUUUUGAUAUUGUUUGUUUUCCUUAUUUUUAACCUUUUCAUUUACCUGACAUUUGUAACACUUUUCUUUCUCUGCGACUGGGACAUCUGUUUUACGUUUUUAACUUGAAUAUAUGUUUUGUACUGAUUUACUCAAUGGUUUCUAAGGAUCAAGGGCUUAUAUGACUCUAAAUGAUAUUUUUUUUUUCUUGCUCCGGUUUCUCUUUUUUCCCCCUCUCUCUUUCUUUUUUGUUCUCUGAGUUUUUAGUCUAGAUUUAUCCUGAGCUAUGUACUAUUCAGAUAUGUACCUCAAAAAAAAGAGAUAAAAAUGGACUAAUAAUCAAUUGACAAAUACCUACCUCCAGUCUUGAAAAAUGAAUGAUUUUGCCUGGUCUCUUUCGUAUGAUUUCAAACGAUGUAAUGCUGAUAAAACACGAGGACUGCACAAGAGUCCGUGCUUUACAUAACACUACAGUUUUAAUCGCGUUCGUUUUAAUUCACCUGGGGGAGAAGACAGACUUCAAAAUAGAAAAAAAAGAAAAAAAAGAAAAAAAAACUUGAAACUUUUUUUCAGGUUAAAAAAUAUAUAUAUGUUCGGGUUUUGUAUAUUGCAUACAUGAAUAUGUUUUUUUUUUAUUAGUAGAUAUUGAGAUAUACUUGAUUAGCGAGUUUUGUGUCUUUUACACAAAUGUGAUUUUCUGUUCUCAUUAUAUGGUUCAAACAGGUGUAUAUGUAAUGCUUUUUUGUUUUAUGAAAAAAAAAAUUACACCUUUUUCAGCCUAUCACCAUGAAAAACCUUUUGAAACGUUUUUAACUGGUAUUCUCAACUGGGCCUGAGGUAGAGCCUCAAAGAAAGCUAGUGGAACUGUGGCCAUGCCUUUUGGAUUGAGAAAUUCAGCGGCAUGGGACGCCUACCUUUUGGGUGGCAGCUGCAAACCAACAUUGAACCUUGCUCAAACACUGUAAUGCUACUAAGCAGCUCAGCGAUAUUCAGAUCUGGCCACACUGCAGCAGUGCAUUUCAUCUGUGGUGGCUGAAAAUGUAGCUUAUCUGUGUGAGAGCAGGCACUGAAACUCUGGAAACAUUGCCAUUUGGCAGCUUGAAACUAAAGCUACGUUCACAUGUUCUAUUUUGAACAGCUUUAUGAAACAACUAAGGUGGAUGAAGUGGCAAAAUACGGUUUAAAAAUGUGUCAUGUACCUCUGCAGGUUGGUGCACAUUCAUCAGAAAGUACUUGUACAGUCUCGCGGUCCGGUUGUGAUCUUGUAAUGAGACUCCAUGUCUGGAGAUAACUAAACUAAAUGGAUUUUGCCUCUAACAAGGGUACACCCCCUCUUAAACUGACCCCAGAUUCUUGUAAUCCAUUCUCUGGAGUGCAGUUGAAAACACAAGCAAAACAAGCUACCUAGCAAAACAAGCUAGCUAGCAAAAAACUAACUGAACUUCCUCCCUUGGUACAAUAUUUUUUUUUUUUGUAUAACACGUACUGUGUUCUCCGCACACAUUUUUGUUUUUGGGGUGACUUUUGAGCCAUUACGUUAUAUCUAUGAGAUAACAAGAGGCUUAUUGUCCUGCUUUGACCCCCGCCGUCACAAAGUUUUAGAUUUUGGUUUAGCAACUUCAUGUUUAGUCUGUUCUCAACCUAAUAAGUCUACGUUCUCAUUGCAUUCGACUGAAGCUCAAAGUUCCCGCCUCUGGGUAGGAAAAACAAAAGAAAAUGCCCUCUCAACUGGGAAUUUCAACUCGGAAAGUUGGGAUGCUGCUCUUAUCUCUGAGCUUAGCAUACGAUGUCAAAUCAACAUGGCUGCUCGCACAGUCAACAGUAAUGAAGAACCAUGUCUUCACUUUUAAAUGAGAUUUGCUUUAGAUCGGUCAAUGUUGGUUCAACUAUAACACUGACCUUAAAAUUCACUGUUUUGAGAAGUAACGUAUCACUCAUAUUACUAAAGUUAGCUGGCUAGCUUCUUGCUAACAAUACUUGCUUUCAUGAAGGUGUUUUUCUCAGUUUGUUCAAACUGAUGCAGGUCCAAACUCUCGCUUUCCACUUCUGAGCCAAGUCGAAUGCAGCUUUAGCCCAAAUUUUCUCACUAUUGUCUCCUGAAGUUCUUGUUAUGAGAUCAUGUCCAGCUCUGCAAGACUACUCCUUGUAAUAACUGUAAUUUUUUGUCAAUGCAACAGCUAAAGUUUAUGUGAACGUAGCUUAAUGCAGGAUCUGCACUGUAUUGGUAGAAGCUGGUCUUUAUCUCUAAAUCUGUCUUGUUGUGAUGGAUGAAGAUGGUUCUAGAUCAGAGGAAAAAGCCAGCUUCUAUCUGCAGUAUCAUCUACUGCUCAACUAAUCCUAAAGCAGGGAGCAUACUUCUUGCAGAAUCGAUGUUCAGCUGAGCAAAAUAGUGUAAUUAGGGAAAUAGCCUGAAACAACACCAUUCAACAGAGCAGAAACAUCACUGACAGUAUAUUAACACCAUAGGUUACACUACAUACGGUUCAAAUGUACCGUGCACUGAAAUAUGGCAAAUGCAGCUUUGUUGUUUGCAUUUGCAGAAUUUUUGCUGCAUGUUAGGCAGUUUACAGUUUAGGUUGUUUUAACGUUACUUUGCUCUGACAUCUGUUUGCGAGAAGUAUGCUCGCUCCUUUAAGGAAAAAAAGAUGAGGGCAAUUCACUGUGAUGCACAUAUCUGACAUUGUAUAUUGCUGAGGUAAUGUCAAAACUUUUCUUGAGUACUUUCUUGAUUUCAUUUGUUGGUUUGAAUGUGUAUCCACGGGAGCCACUGUUCAUGUGCUUUCAACUGUGGGUGUCUUAAUGAAGUUGACUUUGUAUCUUCAUGAUCAUGAUAACAUGUUCUAGUACAAUCGAAUACACAUUACUACCUCCAAGAGGGCCUCUUUUUACCUCAUUAUUCAAACUUAAUAUCUGCUUAAAUUCAGGUGGCUGAGUCCAGGGAGAACAACUAGAUAUAAAUGAAUAUCAGUGUUGAACUAACUCUUACACUCUUAUAUAAUGCGUUUUUGUCCAAGCUGCCAAGCUGGGCUCAAAUGAAUGCUAGAUUCAAUACUGUUUCUAUAGAUAUACAUGUAUCAAAUACCUAUAUCUAUAGUUUAUUUUUGUGCAUAUAUAUAUACAUAUAUAUAUGUAUAGUUUAUUUUUGUGGGGGAUACAUUUUAUAAGACUGUUCCUCUCUGCCUCUCAGUCACAGUCAGACUGGACAUUUGACUCGUUUUAAAGCAUUUUCUUCUCAUUAUGCAAUGUUAUGUAGUUUCAUUAGCUGUGGGCUGUGGGCAGGGGAGGUUGAAAAGAGGCACUUCACAGUUGCUUUCUCUUCCUCCUCUGCCUCAUAUAUAACUUCAAAUGUUUUCUAACAUUUAUGGCUUUCUCUGUUUCACCUAGUAUUGCUGUCUAUGAUUACACUUCAAAUUGCUUGCUUGUUAAAAAUUUUAAUAAAAAGUUCUCUUUAUAGAUAUUCACCGCCUUAUUCAGCACAAUAAAAAUGGGUGCUUGUGAA